AUGUUGUUCGCAUAUAUUAAGCAUACGCUGGAAGAUUGGAUUUUCCCCCUUCGUAUGAUCCUUGGCAGAAAGAUCAUGUAUGAUGAGCAGCGAAGCAUUGUCCAAGUUUCGCGCAACCAGUUAAUCAAAGGGCCAUGUUCCCAGCAGGAACUAGAGGCCAUGGAGUACGCCGCUUCAUACACCUCUGUGUGUUUGCCAUGCAUCCAUCGCACAUAUCAUCGACGACGGGGCCUGUUUAUCGCCAUGGAUUUUGUCCAAGGAAAAACGUUGGAUAGCCUGUGGUCAACGUUUACGGAUGAAGAGAAGCAAAAAUGUGUGGUUCUGAUCUGGGACAGCGUGAGGCAGCUUCAUGCUUGUCAUCCUCCCGCUUCCCUAGGCAGGAUUGUCGCUGCGUCUAUUAGCGGUGGGCCGGUCCGCGAUGGAGCUUUUGGUGUUCAAGGUAAUGGACCGCAAAGUAUCGGUCCAUUUGUUGACGAGGAAGACUUUCGUAGUGUUCUGGAGGAGAGGGCAGAAUUUGCUAAAUUUGACCGCCAUCCUGCGCGAGUCGGUUUUGUUCAUGCGGAUUUGGCGCCACGGAACAUUAUUGUAAAGAAUGAUAACCAACUCUGUUUCAUUGACUGGGAACUCGCGGGGUGGUGGCCAUUAUAUUGGGAGCGCAUGAAAUGGCAUUUUUCGGAUUUUCCCCCAACGCCAGACUUUCUGUAUCUCAUGGAUCAAAUGACUGCUGAUGAAAGAAGAAAUUAUGAGUAG